CCAGUGCUGUGUUUAGUUCUGUAAUGAAGCAGAUAUGAGCGGCAGGGUUGGAGAUUUGAGUCAGAAACAGGCCGAGGCUUUAGCACAGUUUCGGGAGAGGGUCCAAGAUGUCUUGCCACAAUGUCCUUCUCAAAGUGACAAUUUCCUGCUGCGUUGGCUUAGAGCCAGAAAUUUUAAUGUACAAAAAGCUGAAGGGAUGCUGCGUAAGCAUGUGGAAUUCCGGAAACAGAUGAAGGCUGACACUAUAACUACAGACUGGAAACCUCCUGAGGUUUUAGAAAAGCAUCUCUCUGGAGGCAUGUGCGGCUACGACCGAGAGGGCAGCCCUGUGUGGUACGAUGUUAUUGGACCAGUGGAUCCCAAAGGUCUUUUGCUUUCCGCCUCUAAACAGGAUUUCAUCAAGACUAAAGUGCGAGACUGUGAGAUGCUGCAGAAACAGUGUGACUUACAGAGUGAAAAGCUGGGUAAAACUGUGGAAUCCAUCACAAUGAUUUAUGAUUGUGAAGGUUUGGGACUUAAGCAUCUCUGGAAACCUGCUAUAGAAACGUAUGGAGAGGUUUUGACUAUGUUUGAGGACAAUUAUCCUGAAGGGCUGAAGAGAUUAUUUGUAAUUAAAGCACCCAAACUGUUUCCUGUGGCGUAUAACCUGGUGAAGCACUUUCUGAGCGAGAACACUCGCCACAAGAUCAUGGUUCUGGGCUCUAAUUGGCAGGAAGUGCUAAGAAAGCACAUUGACCCUGAGGAGCUCCCAGCUGUCUACGGAGGAAAACUAACAGACCCUGAUGGAGAUCCUUGCUGCAGGACCAAGAUAAAUCAGGGAGGGCUGGUGCCUAAAUCCUACUACGCACGGGACUUCAUCAAGCUGCAGUACGACCAGUGUGUGUCCAUCAGCCGUGGUUCCUCUCAUCAGCUGGAGUAUGAGAUCUUGGCACCAGGCUGUGUGCUUAGAUGGCAGUUCCUGUGUGAGGGAGGGGAUGUGGGGUUUGGGGUAUUUAUGAAGAAGAAGCGCGGUGAGUGGGUGAAGGCUGGUCAGAUGCAGGAGGUUCUGCCCAGUCAGCGAUACAAUGCACAUCUUGUACCUGAAGAUGGAUACUUCACCUGCUCAGAAGCCGGAGUGUAUGUUCUGAGAUUUGAUAACACUUACAGCAUCUUUCAGUCCAAGAAACUCAGCUUCUCUGUGGAAGUUUUGCUGCCCAGCAAUGACCGCCAGUCAAAGCCUGAAACAGGACAGACGUCAGAGCGGGAAUCUCAAAACGGCCAAUAGGACACGGUCCCGUAACUGCUGGUUUAUGGACUUGUCUGCAAAUUCGCACUUGAUGUAGCCUGUACUACGAGCUCCAUCACACCAAAAUGCUGCUGUUGUGAGAAGAAGACGGAAUUUGUAAUUAGUUGCUGUUUUGCUUCAUUCAAACAACGUAUUGUGUUUCAACAUUCAACAAAAAGUAUUCACAGCAUACUUUCUUAUAAUGCAGGAGAGUUGUUAUCAUAUCAGUUGGGUUUUACAUUUCAGAAGCUUCCUCUGAAAUAGCUGCUUAUUUCGGUACUUGGACAAAAGCUAAUUUACUUGAGUCACAUGCAGUUCCAAAAAAUGUUUGUAAACCAUUUAAAAUGUGUGGAUUUCUUAUAAAAUGUGGUCUGAUCUAUUACAAAGUUAGCUUAGUAGGCACAUUGAUUAAUCCUGUUUUUAUUAAGGAUGUCUCUACUGCACACCGCAUGGGAUUGGCAAACUUACUUGGCACUGUAUAUUUAUAAAUGUACGUAAACACAAAUGUAGUGUUAUUAACAAUACCGCCCCACACUGUUGCCAUAAAGUUGCUAGCAUAUUUAUUUUAUAGAAGAGUGUAUACGCCGUAUAGCAGUAGGUGUACCUAAAACAUUUAAACUCAGUAAUAAGAAGAGGUGUCUUUUGGCCAUAUAAUACAAAGUAAAAUGUACCAUCAUGGGUUGUGACAUUUACACAAUGUUUAAAAAAUCAGGCAACACCACUAUGCCUCAUACAUUCCUAUCACUGACGCACAAUCAUGCUGUCAUCACUUAAGUGUUAUUUCUGAUAGUGAUGAUGAACUGACUUGUUGGAAAGGUGGCAUCCUAUGACGAUGCCAUGUGGAUCUCUUGGCAUUUCAGUAUCAGUGUAAAUAAAUAUCCCUUAAAUUAAGUGGAUGAAGUGUUAAGCUCAGAAGUUUAUCUACAUUGUGCAUUUUUUCUACUUUAUUUGUAUCCGUUUUUUUGACAGCAUGAUAGAAAUACAUUCUUUUUUUUUGGCUGGUGUAGCAGUCUAUUGUCGACACUGUUAGGUGUGUAUCAGGGUGUGAAGGCUGGUUGUAUUUUUGCCUGUCCAACACCUCCACCUGCAGUCUGGUCAAGGCAUGGGUGUCGUAGGCUUUUUUUAAAACAGUACCAAAUCUACUGGCUGAAAUAUAGACAGACAUAUCUGGUUAUAUGUCAGCCAGCAAUAUUCACUUCAGCCAACAAGCUUCUUGCACAACUGUGGAGGAGUAUCACAUUAUUACACCACAUACCGAUCACUCAAAUCAUUUAGUCACAGAAAAAAAUGGUUGCAGAAACAAUUGGAACCCCAGGAUGGAAGUAAGCCUGCUUGAUCCUUUUGUAGGUAUCAUUUAAUUAACACCACAUACAUAAAGUAAAUUUUAUUAAUGCUAUUUAGCAUGGUCCUCCUCAGCCAGUGAAGUACAGGGCUUGUGGCAAAGAAAUUUCAAUGGAAAAUCAUAAAUGAAUAAGAUAAAUGAACAGUUGCAAAUAUAUACAUAGCAAGCAUCUUUACAUGUGUAUUUCACUGUACUGCUUUAAAGGUUAAUGAAAAAUUUGAAGAUGUAUAUAGACUCUCAUGUGUACUUAAAAGGGGAACAGUCAUGUUUGGGUAUUUUUAAAGAGUAUAAAAUGCUGUGUAAUAAGCACGUGUCAGUAAGAAAAAAGGGUACAAGGGACCAAUCACAGUUUCCCUGUCAUGCAGGGGGGAAACAAAUAUAUUCUCUGGACUGCCUUUUUACUGAUAAAUCAUAAAUCUCCUAUUUUAUGCCACUACAGUAAUACUUUGGAGCUGUGUCAGAGACUCUUUUGUCCUUAAAUGUCUCGCAUAAAGGCCACUGCUCUGGUUUUCUCUGGCUUUUCCCUGUUAACAGUUUAAGGUUAACAACCUUUUUUGAAAUGUAGAAAUAGCCCAGUGUGAAUGUUCCCCUUUAAACCAGCCGUUUUAAAUAAUAAAGUCAUUAAUAAUAAUGUUUAUACAUUAUAAUACAUUAUAAUAAUAAUCUCUCAAAUUUAGAAUCAGUAGAUCAGUGCCUUCAGUCUGUAAUUCCUAUUGCCAGUAUUCCAUGAUUGUUAGUUAAUAAGACUGCCUUAUUUGUGUUGAUUGAUUAAUUUAUUAAAC